CGUCUUCAGCUGCAGGUAUGAAUCUCUUUAAGGAGAUCCUGCCUAUAGUAAGGAAGAUUCUUUCAACUGCUACAGCUUCUGAUGACCAUGCAUUGCUUAACCUCAUGCUGAAAGAAGAUGUGAUAUCCAAGGAGUACCAUCAAGCCUUACUCCACGAAAAAGACAGAGAGGACCUUGCAAGGAAGAUAUCUUUGACAUUUGUGGAAAAAUGGGACCUGUACUCGAACACUGUGGUUCCCCUCUGUUGUUUAAACCUCUAUGGCAGUAAGCCUCAAAACAUGACAGAUAAUGAGCCAACAGGAAGCAAGUACAUUUCUGACAGCAAGAGACAAAUCAUGGAUUCAGCAUUUGUGUCUGAAAAUGGCUAUCUUGAUUUGCUGCACAGUGAUAUUGAUCCAUUGCAUCUGUAUACUCUCUUUGAUCAUAAGUCAUCUGGAAGUGAAGAAGGUGACUUCUCUGCAGAUCCUGAAGUUGAUGCCAGCAACUAUGAUCAGUUCAAUAAUAUGGAUUUCCUGUGUACAAUGGAAAAUGGUGAAAAUGGGGAUGAAUUGUAUCUCUGUUCCAACACCAUAGAAGCUUAUGCUAGAAUAGCUGAAUUAGCAGAAUAUGUACUCAAAGAUCAACAGGAGAAGCAGGUGGAAGAUACUUUUGCAGGGAACCUUAUUUCGGAUGAAAUGGCUGCUGAAAACACUGAGAGAUUUACUGACAUAAAGAUACAGAAAUGUCACAAACGAAGCUCUGCAGAGAGUUGCUCUGAUGAUUCAGAACCCAAAUACAAGAAAAUUGUGGAAGUUCCUGCAGUGUCUGCAGGGAAUGGCAGUUUCUUAGCUAUGCCUCUCAACAGCCAUCCAGCUAGCUCCACCUCACUAACUAACCAGCACAUGUCCUUUUCUGUUCCUGCUACCAACGCGUUGGAAAGAAGUUUUGUAAUUCCUGGAUCUUCAGCACCUUUGAUUCCAGAGUGCCUACCUGUCGACAUGAAAGGGAGCCAAGACAAUACAGGCUUUGCAGAUCCUCCUCAGCAGAUACUUAAUUUUGUUCUUGGAAAUGGCAUAUCUGAUGUUAUAAUAUAUCCAGGUUUAGAAAUGUUCAAAGAAGUCCGAAUUCCCAUAAUUCCUUCUGAAGAACCUUUCAAAAGACCAAAGCCAGUGGAAACUUUCUGUACAUCACUUAUGGAUUAUUUCCGAGACGUAUGCAAAUCUGUGGCCAUGGAGCGUGAAGUAACUCUUGAUCACCUGUUUAUUGAUGGAACACUUGUUCAAAGCCAAUCUGAAACCAAGACUGGGAAGAAUAGCAUGAAAGCAAUGGAAAAGGAGCUGGUAACUUGCAGUCUGCAAGGGAAGGAAAAGGCAGCCCUUAAAAGAAACCAAAUAUUUCAAAUCCCAGGAGGUAAAGACUUAGAGACUAAAGUCAUUGUCGUGCUUGGAAAAGCAGGAAUGGGCAAAAGCAUUCUUGUUCAGAAGAUCUGCCAGGACUGGUCAAGUGGAGAGUUUUCUCAAUUUGAAUUUGUAUUUUGGUUUGACUGCAAACAAAUAAGCUUGCCUGAGAAGCGAUACAGCCUGAAGGAUCUGCUGCUUGAAUUUUUUGUAGAACCUCAAGAGGGAAGCAAAGAGAUCUUUGAGUAUAUAUUGCAAAAUCCUGCUAAAGUCCUUCUGGUUUUUGAUGGUUUCGAAGGGUUGCAUGAUAAUGAGAAUUUUCCUCGUUGCUCAGCCAGCCAGCCUGAAAAAGACUUGUGCACUAUAAAGGAGCUGCUUUCACGACUCAUCCACAAAAAGAUACUCAAUGGUUGUACUUUAUUACUUACAGCAAGACCAAAAGACAAGGUGUACCAGUAUGUGUCCAAAGUGGAUAAGACUAUUGAAACAGUAGGAUUUUCCCCUCAGCAGAGGGAAUUGUACAUAACCAAAUACUUUGAAGGAUUACCCUACAGUGAUAAUGCACUGAAAUUAAUCAAAGAGUGUGAGUACUUGUUCAGUCAUUGUUACAGCCCUGGUAUGUGUAGAUUUGUUUGUUUUCUCUGUGAGACAGUACUUGAAAUGGGAGACAAAAGCCUUCCUUCAACUCUUACUACAGUCUUCCUGAAAUUUGUUCAGCAAAAGAUAAUACCUAUGCAAACAGAUGUUGCAGCCAUGCAAAAUCAAGAGAGUCUUGCUACACUAAGCCGUAUAGCCUGGGAUCUUGGAGAAAAGCACCAAAAUGCCAUGAAAAGUGAUCUUCUUCCUUCUAAGGAAGUUAAAGAGUUUGCUCUGAAAUACGGAUUUUUCCUGCCAUUUGCAUUCCCCAGACAUUCAGAUAGUGGAGAAGAGGAAUUUGGGAGCACAUUCUCUGAUUUUGUCAUUCAGAAUUUCUUGGGUGCACUUCACCUUAUGUUAGCAGAAGAGAUCAAGGAUAAAAGUCUAACAAAGUACCUGUCUUUUCCAUCCAAGAAGAAAAAACCUUAUACCUGGUUAGAUUUAGUGCCUCGAUUUUUGGCUGGAUUACUGUUCCUCCAGGAUGACCCCUUCUUCUGCUCCCUUUCAAAUAAGGAUGUAAAACAAUCAACCAAGAAGCAGAAAAUACUCUUGAAAUAUAUUAGAAGGCUGCAGAUAAAUGAGCUCUGUCCGGAGAGGUUACUCGAGCUUUUACACUGUAUUUAUGAAACACAAAGCAAUUAUCUUUUGCAGCAUGUGGCCUUAAGGCUCAAGCCAGACCUGUCUUUUCUGGGCGUAGUUCUUACACCACCUGAUGUCCAUGUACUGCACUCUGUUUUAAAAAGGUCAAGAAAAGAGUUUUCCUUGGAUUUGCGAAACAGCAGCAUUGACAUGCAAGGGCUAAAAGACUUGGUUGGCCUAAAGAAUGUGGCAUCAUUCAGGGCUUCCCCCAGCGACACAGUCAGGCUUUGGAAGUCUUUAGAACAGACAAAAGACUACAGACUGCUGAGAGCAUCAACAGAGAAAUUUGUUCUUGAUCCCUUUAAGGCAAAGACAAUGAAGGACAUCAGUGACCUUUCAGACCUUGUAGAGCUGCAGGAGAGGAUGAUCCAUUGUGUGCAAGAUGCAUCUGGUUGCAGCAACUAUGAAAUUCCUGCCAUCAAAAACCUCAGAAAACUAGAAUUUGCGCUAGGUCCAGUAUGUGGCCUUCAGGGAUUCCUGAAACUUGUGGAAAUUCUUGCAGCAUUUCCAUCACUUCAGCAUUUAGACCUUGAUGCUCUGAGUCAAAAUGGCAUAGGAGAUGAAGGAGCAAAGAGUCUAUCUGAAGUCUUUCCAACCCUGACAUCACUGGAAACAUUGAACUUAUCACAGAAUAAGAUAACAGAUGUGGGUGCAGAGAAACUAGCUACAGCUCUUCCUUCCUUGUCUUCAUUAAAGACACUAAGCUUAUACAAUAAUAACAUUUGUGAUUUUGGAGCAGAAAAUCUUGCGAAAGUUCUUCCUGCGAUGGCAUCUUUAAGAGUGCUAGAUGUUCAGUAUAACAAAAUAACUGGUGUUGGAGCCCAGCAGCUGACUAACAGUCUACGAAAAUGUCCCCAUAUAAAGAACUUGGUGAUGUGGAAUCCCACCAUUCCCUAUGGAGUUCUCGAGCACCUUCAGCAGCUGGACUCUAGGAUCAGUGUGUAGAUUCAGAUAAUCCCAUAAAGGUAGCAUAAAGAAGAGGGGAAGGUGUCCUCUGUGUUUUUUUUGUCUUCUUGCUGCUUUAUGAAUCAGUGGCUGAUUUCCAUGACAGUGGCAAAAUGAAAGAACCACACAUUUAAGCUUCUGAGUGAUGCUUGAAGUGGGUGAAUGAUGGAGUUCAAAUUUUUUAAAGGUCAUUUAAAAUGCUAUGCAAACACCUGGUUGUGUGUCUACUGAAGUGAUGAAGAGUUAAGCAACAUCAAGUUUCAAAGAUGAAAAGAGCAUCUGGAUAUUGUGAUCCCCAUUAAAGGUGGUCAAGAAUCACCAGGAUAUUGGCAGUAUCAAAUUCCAUCAUUGAUUCAUCACAGAGUAGACGGCAAGCUGCUGGACCUACAACAUCUGAAGUAGUGACAGAUCAAAUCUAAUUGUUUCAUGGUGCCAGUAGUAACUGCGAUCAAACUCAGUUUGAUGAUUUUGGACUUCCAAAAGUCAAUGUUACAGAUUUCACCUGUCUGUCUGGACUGAUGUGAAGCAUUAAGGUCAGGAGCAUAAGUAAGAAUGAUGAGUCUUAGAAAACAGUCUGAUAUUGUAAGAUUGUCCACAAGAAUCUAAUAGUGGCCCUUUUCUUGAUGCUAAUCACCAAUGCUGUCUUAAAGGAUAGAAAAAUAUUUUCUAUCGCUCUCGUUACAGAAUCCUUCAAAAAGAUUGGGGGGCGGGGAAGAAAGAAGUAAAGAGAAGAAAGGAAUUAAACUGGAACACUAUUAAGGACUUUUCAGACAUUAUUGCAGAAAUCCAAAUGCAUACAAAUAGCUUCCGUUUAUUGCACAAAAGUCCUCAAAGUGCAAAUCUUCAAAGGUUUUUACUCUGUCUCAAAUGAGAACUUUAAAUUCAUAUACCUGAAUUGGGAUUUAGUUUCUCACUUGCAGGUGGCAGCAUAAAUGUAUAAGCAUCGAUUCUAUAUUUGACAGAGAAAUCACUACUGUGUGUGGUUUAUGUGGCCUUCUUUUACAGACUUGUGAAUAACUAGGCAAUGACAGACAAUAACGUAUUUCAAAGCAUUAUCAUGCGUCUGUGCUGCUGGUCUCAGUGAUAUGUGGGCCAAAUACUGGUCCUGCUGACUGUGAUAGCAAACCAAUUGUCUCCUUUUUUCUUUUAUUUUUAUUCAGCUCUGUGAAAGUGGAGAGAACUUAGAAUUGUACAGAGACAAUUGUCGGGACUAGCAUUCUGGCUCCCUGUCCAGAUACUCUCUGGAGACAGAACAACAGAAAGGGACAGAAAAAGCUAGGAAUAUUCAAUAUGCCACAAGUCAGGAAGGGAGGUUUCUGCUUCUGCUCUCUAGCCAGAGUUACGGAAAAAAUCUCAUUUACACUCCCUUCUUUCAGCUGCUUGAAUGGGAGGUAGUUUGAGCCAGAUCCUGUGCGAUGUUCCCAUCAGCCUGCAGUACUACAGCCAUGCAGAUCUGUGCGAAGCCCGUGUCUUGGCUUCCCUUAACUAAGCUUUGGAUGACAAAUGCCCUUUUAGGGAUAUAUUCUGCAGCUACACUUCACCGUGACAGAAUCUGAAAAUGUGCUAAAUAUUACACAGGCAGCUGAAUGUUACACGACCCUGUCUGGACUGAUAAAAUCACGUUGCGUAUACUGCUGUUCUCUUUCUAUGAGUUAGUGGGAAAUGUAUGUUUAUAAUGUACAGAUUGUAAAUUGUGAUAGUUUUUUGGUUGUCUUUAUACAUCUUUUUAUAAGUAUUAAUAAAAGUGGGUAAUCCUUUUUACAG